AAAGAUUUCCAUUUUCCAAAGGCAGCAUUGUUUUUGCUAGUCUUCUUCUCCUUAUUUUUCUCUGCUCACCGUUUUUAAGGUUUCGCCGACCAUCUUUCUUUCUUCACAUACAUAAAUUCUUCCUAAUUGUUCUAGAAAUUUUUUCUUUCUCCAAUCUUUGAACCCAAAAAAUUCAGCGUGAUUAAUCGAUCCAAGUUUUGUUUCUUUCUCAUCUGAACCAUAAGUUUCAACUUACUACUGGUACAUUUUCCUAAGGUUACAACCCUUUAAAUUAGCACUUAAGAGACAAAUGCCACUUCCAAAGUCCAAGGCCGUUGGUGCUACAGAUUUAAUGAAGGUGGAUGACGGAAAUGAUACUUUAGACACAUUCAUCAGACAAGCAAUUGGAAAAGAGCCUUUUCUUUCUUUCCCCAGGGCAAAUGACAGUCCAGUUCAAUUGUUUCAGUUACUUCAUGCCUUGGAUCAGCAAGAUGUGCCCGGUUGGCCUUUGCUUUCUCCAUUGAAGAUUCAAAUGCAAAAGUGCGAAAAGUGUUCUCGUGAAUUUUGUUCAACAAUCAGUUAUCGAAGGCACAUGCGCUUACAUAGACGAAAAUUGAAGCUUGAUAGGGAUUCGACUAUGAAAAGCAGGUGCCUGUUGCAAGCUUUCUGGGACAAGCUUUCUCCAGAGGAGACUAUGGAGAUUGUGUCACUCAAUGAUGUAUCUCUUGAGGGAGUUAGCGGGUCUUUGAUUAUAAAGGCAUUAACUUCAUUCAUUAGGAAACCUGGAUUCACUCCUCUACCGAAAAGCUACGUGAAAUCUGGCUCAGUGCUCCUGGACAUUGUCCAGGGUAGACCUUCAAGUUUCCCAAUAUCAUCACAGGAAUUGUUUGCUAUUUUAGAUGGUGCAAGCGAGGAAACUUUUUUGUGUGCUGGCACAGCUGAAUCACUGCAAAAGUAUGUGUUUGACGGGGAAGCUGGAAAGAUUGGUCUCGAGAUGAGGAACUUGGUUGCUUGUACUAGUUUCCUUGUUGAGCAGAAACUGGUGAAGGCAUGGCUUGCUGAUAAAGAUGCUGAGGCUUUGAGGUACCAGAAGUUGCUUGUGGAGGAAGAAGAAGCUGCUCAAAAAAGGCAAGAAGCUAUCUUGGAAAGGAAGAGACAAAAGAAACUUAGACAAAAGGAACAAAGGGCCAAGGAGCUAGCCAGUGUAGAAAUAGACGAUUCUCCAGAAGAUAGUUCUGGUUCUCCACUAAGCCUGAGCCCUGCUAACUCCUCUGAAUCUAUUCUUGAGGUUCCUCAUGACUUUUCUCAAUCUUCUGAGCCAGUUCAAAUAAUAACCGUUGAAGGAGAGAGUGAUAAAUGCCAUGAGAAUGGAUAUUCAGAUUUGAGUACUUCCCAAAAUAUAUAUCCUGAUUUGGUUACUUACCAAAAAGUUGAACAUAGAACAUCACAUCGAAGUGGCCGAAGACACACAGUUAACCCUCGUUGGCAACCAUCAAAAUUGCAGAGAACUUUCAAUGAAUUCCAUACCAGUCACAACUAUCAGGCACCGAAACAUGAAAUCGUGCAAAAGCAUGCCUCUUCCAGGGAUUCUCGUACUUCUGCUAUGAAUGGUAAAGUGUGGACCCCAAAGACAAAGUCAGGCGCAGAUGAAGAGGCUAGCAAAACUAGGUUACAGAUCAAAGCACCAAACCCGCCUGGCCUGGAUGAGAAGCAUGAAUUUCUAAUUGGUUCUAUGCCUGUCAACCUUGGGAAUUGUAACCUACGGCGUCAUGAAAAUCAUGGGGUAGCUCCAGAAACCAGUGACUUGGAGCUUUGUACAUCAGAUUUAAUCAAAAAUCGUGAGACGCCCGCCAAAACCGAAGCAUUUCAGGCUACUACAAAUCACUCAACUGACAAGCUGUGCAGACCUGUUAGCCGACAUGAUAAUAGAGGUCAGCUCCCUAUCCAAAAUGGUGGCACUUGUGAAGUUAGUGGCAAUAGCGGUAUAUCUUGCAAUGACGAUAAUGAAGUCCGGCAGACAUAUGAAGCUGAGAGUUGUUCUAACUGUCAUGAAGAAAAUCAUGCUUCUGUGGAAGGUGGACUUCUGAAAGGCUCAAGGUUUAACAGCUAUGCUGCGAAAGCUUUUCUUACAAAGAGGUGGAAGGAGGUCCUUGCAUCAGACCACGUUGAACUUAUCUUAUUUCCCGUAGCUAGACCUCCAGAGAACCCCGAGCUACACAAUGAUAAACAAGAAGCAGUUCAUUCAUCCAAGUUAGAACAGCGUGGCAUUCUUCGUAGCGCAGAGAACCGAUUAUCGAAUCACACAAACCUUGAACAACACUCAACGGCUAUCAAACCAAAAACCCGAGCUAAGAUGGAGAAGGGCGGUAAGCUGAAAUACGUUCCAAAACAAGGAAGUGCGUAUACAACUCAUAUCAAUUCAUAGGUGGUAUAGCAAAUGUGCAGUUUUUCAUCUACAUUCAUUGCAGAGGUUCCAGUUUUAACAGCGGUCUUCUGUCGGAGAAAUUUUGGGGGAAGGUGAUUGAUUGAUUACUUGUUAGCUAUCCGUUUUACUUUCUGGUUAACUACAGGAUGCAGUAAAAUCUUUUUUUGCCUAUAGGUUGGAUACUUUCUCAUGUAAUAAAAUGGGGUCUUUUUAGUGAUGCAGAUUUUACCCUUUGGUUUUUUGUUAGCAAUCUAUAGGUUUUGACCAUACUUUCUAUUGGAAUUGUUGUAGUGCAUAGCUUCGAUCGUAAUUCGUUCAUAAGAGGUUUAGGAUUAGCUAGUAGAGGUGUUCAUAAUCGGGUUGUCUGGUUUAUGAAGUGCUCUUGUUGCUCUUAUAAAAAAUUCUUAGCUAAGUUUAAAUUAAAUACUUGUUAUUUACAGGUGGAAAAUUAAAUUUUAAAGGUUUCUGUCUUUAGGUGGGUUUUUUUUAAAGGCUUUACCUUUUAUUUA